AUGGGAGGAACAUCAACCGACGUUUCGCGUUUCUCAGGGACAUAUGAUCAUGUCUUCGAGACAGUUACGGCUGUGUCGCAGCAGGAGGCGGCUCUAUGCUCUUUUGGAGAAAUGGGCUAUUUGUCGUUGGCCCUGAGUCGGCGAGUGCUCAUCCAGGCCCAGCCUGCUACCGAAAAGGAAAUUGCCGAACAGAUGGGUAGAACACCCCAGAAAACUUCUGUUUCCACCAAUGUCAAAGAGCGCCUAGAUUUCUCAGGCGCCAUGUUUUCUCCUGAUGGAGGCCUCGUCGCCAAUGCCCCUCACGUGCCGGUACAUCUGGGAAGCAUGCAGUUUUGCGUCAAACACAUGCAUGAACUGUGGAAAUGCAAACUAGAGGAAGGUGGUGUCUUAGUCUCAAAUCAUCCUUCUCAGGGUGGCACUCAUCUACCGGAUAUCACCGUCGUGACUCCUAUUUUCAGCCAAGGCGAGAUCAUCUUCUAUGUGGCGUCGCGCGGCCAUCAUGCUGAGAAGCUGGUUGAAAAAGGUCGAUUCGGGCGUGUCCGGAACUCGAACCUUAAGCGAUAA